UUUCGCUCUCGCGAGAUUGCGCUCCUCCACUGCCGCCGUUCGUUUCAAUCACACACUUUCAACAUGGCGUCCGACGGACCACCGGGUACCGAAACUCUCCCGACCGAGUUGGGGAAUGCUAUCGGGGCUUUGACGACAUGGAGCAACCCAGAGCUCCAGGCCAAGCUCGCGGAACUGGGGGCGCCGACGAUGGGUCCCAGAGAAGAGUUGAUAGACAGACUGAAGAACUACAUGAUGCAGACUGGAAUCCUCCUCAGCAAGCACGGCGAUGACAAGCCAAUGAGUUCACAGAUGCCAGGAAUCCCUCCUUUGCCCCCGAUGCCCAUGCCGCCCUUGCCUCCAGGUAUGGGCAUGCUUCACAUGAUGCCUCCUCCCCCUGGCAUGCACAUGGGCAUGGAGCCCCCGGGCAUUCCUCCUCCCAACAUGUCACAAGACGACCCGUGGAAGAUAGCCGCCAUGGUGCUGCAGCAGGAGGAAAGGGUCAAGCACCAGGGUGAUGAACAUGAUCUUCUGGAGCAGCAGAAAAGGGCUGCAGUGCUGCUGGAACAAGAGCGUCAGCAGGUAAUUGUCAAAAUUGGGAACUAUGCCUCCAGUCAACUCAGUCUGGAUCCCCGUUCUAUGCCCUCUGCUGUGACCAUGUUGCCUCCUCAAAAACAGAGAGUGCCACCUCCUCCAGGAGAAGACAGAGAGAUGUGGCAGAAUGAGGAGGUAACCCUUGGUGGUCCUAAGAUCCCACAGGCUCUGGAAAAAAUCCUGCAGCUGAAGGAGAUCAGACAGGAGCAGCUCACUGAUGUCACAGGAUUUGAUGAAGACGACGGAGCAGACAUGGACAACAUGUCUGGUACAGUCAUGUCUGAGACAGAAGAUGACGAUGGCCAGCUCUCUAAAAAAGAUAAAAACCGCCGCCGCAGGAACCGCAAGAAGAAGAGUAAGAAGAAGCGAGCUCAGGAGAAGAAGGAACAGCAGGAGGAGGAAGAGCAACAACAACAGGAGCAACAGAAAAAGAAGGAGGGUGGGGAGAAGGAGAAAGAGAAAAACAAGGAGAAGGAACCAGAGGUUGAGAUCGAGUAUGUGACGGAGGAGCCUGAGAUUUACGACCCCAACUUCAUCUUCUUCAAGAGGAUCUUUGAAGCGUUCAAGCUGACAGAUGAUGUGAAGAAAGAGAAGGAGAAGGAGCCCGAGAAGGCGGAGGAGCAGAAAACGAUGGUGCUGCGGAAAAAGGGAUUUGAGCUGGAAAGGAAAGACAGCGACGACAGUGAUGAGGAAACUCGAGCAGACAUUCCUAAACUGUCCAAGAAGAAGCUGAGGAGGAUGAACAGACUGACGGUGGCUGAACUCAAGCAGCUUGUGGCUCGUCCAGAUGUGGUGGAGAUGCAUGAUGUCACCGCACAAGAACCCAAACUUCUCGUCCACCUGAAGGCCACCAGAAACACAGUGCCUGUGCCGCGUCACUGGUGCUUCAAGAGAAAGUAUCUGCAGGGCAAGAGAGGAAUAGAAAAGCCUCCGUUUGAGCUGCCGGAGUUCAUCAGGAGAACAGGAAUCCAGGAGAUGAGGGAGGCUCUGCAGGAGAAGGAAGACGCCAAGACCAUGAAGACCAAAAUGAGAGAGAAGGUUCGUCCCAAGAUGGGAAAGAUUGACAUUGACUACCAGAAACUCCACGACGCUUUCUUCAAGUGGCAAAGCAAACCUAAGCUCACCAUCCAUGGCGACCUUUACUACGAGGGUAAGGAGUUUGAGACUCGUCUGAAAGAGAAGAAACCUGGUGAUCUGUCAGAUGAGCUGCGUAUCGCUCUGGGAAUGCCUGUUGGACCUAAUGCCCACAAGGUGCCUCCUCCCUGGCUGAUAGCCAUGCAGAGGUAUGGACCUCCUCCCUCUUACCCCAACCUGAAAAUCCCAGGACUCAACUCACCCAUUCCAGAAAACUGUACUUUUGGAUAUCACGCAGGAGGUUGGGGUAAGCCUCCCGUCGAUGAGAUGGGCAAGCCUCUGUACGGUGAUGUGUUUGGGACUCAUGCCUCAGACUUCCAGGCUAAAGCUGAUGACGAGGAGGUGGACCACGCGCCAUGGGGAGAGCUGGAGCCAUCUGAUGAGGAGUCCUCAGAAGAAGAGGAAGAGGAGGAGGAGAGCGACGAGGAAAAACCAGACGAAACAGGUUUCUUCACACCAGCAGACAGCGGACUCAUCACUCCUGGAGGCUUCUCCUCGGUUCCUGCAGGCAUGGAAACGCCAGAGCUGAUUGAGCUGAGAAAGAAGAAGAUCGAGGAGGCCAUGGACGGAAACGAUACGCCUCAGCUCUACACCGUCCUCCCAGAGAGGAGAACAGGUCCAGUGGGAGCAGCCAUGAUGGCCUCCACACACAUCUACGAAAUGUCAGGGUCCAUGGCCGGGCGUAAGACGGGUGGAAGCCAGGAGUCUCAGGGUGUGGAGGUGGCCCUGGCCCCAGAGGAGUUGGAGCUGGACCCCAUGGCCAUGACCCAAAAGUACGAGGAACACGUGAGGGAGCAGCAGGCUCAGGUGGAGAAGGAGGACUUCAGCGACAUGGUGGCUGAACAUGCAGCCAAACAGAAGCAAAAGAAGAGGAAGGCUCAGCCACAGGACACAAGAAGUGGCGCAAAGAAAUACAAGGAAUUCAAGUUCUAGAACAGAACCGCUGCGAUUGAGAGGAGGAGCCAGAGCCACAACAGGAAGUGAAAGGGGAAACGGCACUGUCGGAAGAUUCAGAUUUCAGCAUCAACAAGAACAACAACAACAGUCUACUUUUAGACCAGUUUAAAUGUGUUUAGGUCCUUUUUUAAGAAUUAAAAACCCUGUAACUGUAAUCAUGUGUUGCAUCUAUUGUGGUUUAAUUUUCAUUUUCCCCUGUUUUUGUAAAUAAAUGAGAUGACAACAGUAUGUGCUGUUAAAA